AUAUGGAUAUCCGUAAAUUUUUUUGUCAACAACAAAAAGAAAAAGAAACAUUAUGUGUUACAAAAGCAUGUGAGCUAUCAGUUGAUUUGGCUGGAAAAUCAUCAAAUGAUGAAACACCACACCGUUCUCAAAAAGAUGUUUCACUUUACUUAAAUUUUCAUUUUAAAAAUGAUAAUGAAAAAUUGUUAGCUGUUGAAAAUAUUUGGAUACCUGACAAAUGUUAUAAAUUUCCAUUGCCCUUGGGCAAAAGAAAUUUAACCUUUCAAGCAUCCUGGCUUAACAAAUAUAAGUGGCUUGCUUACUCAGCCGAUGAAAAGGGCGCAUUUUGUAAAGUUUGCGUCAUAUUUUCCCCAAGAUAUGCUGGAAAUGGGUUACAAAAACUCAAAACAUUGGUAAGUCAGGUGUACACAAGAUGGAAAGAUGCGCUCGAAAAUUUUAAUUAUCAUCAAAAAAAUAAAUAUCAUCUUAAUUCCUGUGAGAUAAUGGAUUCUUUAAAAGAAAUCUCAAUGAAUCAAAAGAUAUCAAUAUCCAAUGUAUUGAAUAAAAAAAAUUUUGAUAUUGUUACAAAAAAUCGAUCAAGAAUAAUUAUAAUUAUUGAUGCUGUCAUUUGGUUAGGGAGGCAGGGCUUGGCGUUAAGAGCUCAUAGGAUAUCUCCUGGCCCCCUAACACUUACAUCCCCUUCUCACAAUGAAGGAAAUUUCAAGGAAUUAUUGAAAUUUUUAUGUAAUAAUAAUGACAACUACCUAAAGCUUUUUGAAAGCUCCUCUAAAAAUGCUACUUACCUAAGUCCCACUAUUCAAAAUGAAAUAAUAUCAAUAUGCAAUCAGUUUAUAUUAAAGGAAGUUUCUUCAAAAGUCAAAGCAUCACCAUUUUUUAGUGUUUUGGCGGAUGAAACUUCCGAUAUUGGUAAUAUUGAACAACUAUCCAUAGCAAUAAGGUUUAUUGAUAUGGAAUCAGGUAAUUAUAAAAUGAAGGAACUAUUUGUUCAAUUUAUUGAAUUACCUGACACUAAGUCAGAAACGAUUGCUAAUCAAAUUAUUAAAUCACUUCAAAACCUGGAUUUAAAUUUAAAUCUACUGAGAGGCCAAGGGUACGAUGGAGCUCCCUCGAUGAGUGGCCAUGUUAAAGGGGUCCAGUCAAGAAUUAGAGAGCUUUAUAGCACAGCUCUUUAUGUUCACUGCAGUUCACAUUGCCUGAAUUUGAUGAUAACUGAGGCAUGUGAAAUUAGAGACAUCCGGAACAGUUUACGUAAAAAGAUUUUGAUUUAA